AGUUUAUGUAUGACAAUGCACCUAAACCGUCAGGCUACAUAAAAACAUCUUAAGAUGUGCUUUAUUCUUAUUAGUUGUGUCAUUUGGUGGCAGACGUAAUGAGAAGGAGCCCGUGAGUGGUGUGCUCGUGAGCGCGCAGCAGCAAGCGCGUGGUCGCGCAGAGGUUGUGAGGCGCGCGCAGGUAAACUCUUGUCAGCAGCAGCACCUGGAGUGUCUUCGACUGCAGGCCGUGCAGUAUUAAUGGGAUUGAGUAUGGUUAGCGGUAUUUUAGGCUACUGCACAUGAUGACCAUCCUCAUCCUCGCCCUCGCUGAGCAUGGCGGAGUCAGAUGGUCUGGAGCUCUGUCUGAAUCGAGCUCAAAGCAGAAUGCGAUAUUUCCACUCAACCAAUCACAGCGCACCAUUCCACGCACUCUAGCCAGUAAUGAUGGAGCUUUGAAUACACCCGGCAUCCUAGUUUUCCUCAUCUACUUUGUACUCUGUGAUCAACAAAAAACAAGGGCUGCAGGAUAAAUCGCAUGUGAUUGUCAUGCGCAUCUCGUCAGUAAAGCCGGUUCUGUGAUUAAUAAUACAAGUAAAUCUCCAUAACGUGCUUUCAGAGGGAAAUUAUUCAGAUGCAUUUAAUACAAAGAGCCGUAGAUCACUGACAAGCUAGAUUAUGAAUGUGAUAUCGCAUAGCUUGUCAGUGUCAGUGUUUUUAUUAAUGGCAUUUAUGUUUUUGUUAAUACAGCACAUAGCACUAGUCAACUAAAUGAAUGUAACAUGGGAAAGAUGAAUACACUUUUGGAAGUUGAAUCCAAAGGAAAUGUCAUUUUGGAAUUUCUGUGGUCUAAUGUGAUGUUGUUCAUGUUCUUGUUCAUGAUGAAAUGUUAUUUUAUUGCUGUAAUUAAUUUAUAGCAUUAAUAAGAAGACCCAUUGAAUUAAUGUUGGAAGCGAUGACUGAUGAAUGUAUUUUUAGUUCAGUGCCUGUUUACCAAGUUUAGAGGCUGUCAUAUGUGGAUCAACUUACUAUGGUGUGUAUUUCCAUCAGUUUCAAUAUGAAAAAUAACUUCAUAUUAGUUCAGUGGAUUUAUUGCAUUUUGAGAGAGAAAAAGUAUCUUGGAUUUAUUGCAUUUUGGGGAAAAAAUAAUAAAAUUUUAUAACAAAUCUUUAAAAAAAUCUAAACCUGGAUUUUAAUUGUUAAUGUUAUUAUAACUAGGGCUGCACGAUAUGACAAAAAUCAUAAUUGUCGAUUAUUCCCUUAAAAUUUCCAUUACCUGGAAAACUUUUAUUAAUGUCAACUAUACAUUGGAUUGGUAUCUUCUGUAAAUCAUAAAAAAGUAAAAAUAUGAAUAGUAUUAUAAUUUUAUGCUAAAAUUAAAAUAACACGUAGAAAUAAAAAAAAAAAAAAUAAACAUCUUAAGCACUCAGAAUAACAUAAGUGGACUUUGAAUGGUUAAUUGCUGCUUUGAACGAUUACAUAAUUGUAAUCGCGAUUAGAAAUUUGAUUAAUUGUCCUGAUUAUAACCUACAGAUACUACGUGAAAGUUUGAAACAGAAAUAGUGGUUUUCAUCUUGCCCCUUUCUUGGUAAAGAAACAUUUACUCAUUUAUUUUACUCAAAUCAAUCCAAAUGGAUUUAUUGCGUUUUGGAACCAUACUCUUCAUAUAGUCUUUCUCAGAGGAAUGUGAGGUUUAGGGUCAAUGACAAUACAGGUAUUUAACUUUCUUUGGUUUCACUUUAAUAAGAACCAUUUGAUAUUGGUAAUUGUUGAGGUCACUUGUUGCUUGGUUUUUGUGAGAUUUAUGGGUACUGUAUUCAAAUAGGUUCUUUAUCCAGUCUGUUGAAUAAUUUAAAAGUAGGUGCCAUUACAGGGAUCAUGUUGUUGUGCCAUUUUAGCAACCGAGACCUAUUGGUGGAGCAUCAGGAUACAGCAGACUCAUCUGGUGAAUUUCUGUUGACUUGUGUAGCCAGAGACAAUGAUUAGAGAGUGGUGAGAGAUACAGUUCCUUGUAAACUGAUCCUCUCUUUCUUCCAGCAUGGCUAACAACAAGAACAGCACACUUUGUUGUACUUUCUCAGCCCCCAGCCACAGCAACACUCUCCUGAGGGGACUGUCUGCAUUACGCGAUCAAGGUCAGUUGUUGGAUGUGGUUCUGGUCAUUGAACACGAGCACUUUGAGGUUCACAAAGCGGUUUUGGCCUCCUGCAGUGACUACUUCAGAGCCAUGUUUACUGGAGGAAUGAAGGAGUCCAACCAGGACACCAUAGAGCUAAAAGGUCUUUCAGUCAGAGGAUUGAAGCACAUCAUUGAUUUUGCCUACAGUUCUGAAGUCACUCUGGACUUGGACUGUAUUCAGGAUGUUCUUGGUGCAGCCGUCUUUCUGCAGAUGGUGCCUGUGGUGGAGCUUUGUGAGGAGUUCCUGAAAUCAGCCAUGAGUGUUGAAACUUGUCUAAACUUUGGCCAGAUGGCCACCACUUUCAGCCUCUCGUCCCUUAAGCAGUUGGUCGAUGCGUUCACAUUCCUUCACUUCCUGCAAAUAGCUCAGGAGGACGACUUCCUUCACAUUCCAAAGGAACGACUGGUUUUCUUUCUUCAGAGCAACAAAUUGAAGAACUGUAGAGAGAUCGACUUGUUCCACGCGGCAAUCCGCUGGCUUCAGCAUGAUGCAUCCAGGCGAGCUGCAGCCAGUGAAGUGCUCUGCCAUGUGCGCUUCCCACUAAUGCAGUCGUCUGAACUGGUGGACAGUGUCCAAACGGUCGACAUCAUGGUGGAGGAUGUGCAGUUUCGACACUUUCUUCUAGAGGCCUUUAAUUAUCAAAUCCUUCCAUUUCGACAACACGAAUUGCAAUCACUGCGAACUUCCAUUCGCUCAGACGUCACGUCACUAAUUACUUUUGGUGGAACACCCUACACCGACAACGAUCGGACAGUCAGCAGCAAAGUUUACUAUCUGCACGACAUCACAGUGCGACAGUUCAAAGAGUUGCCCGAAAUGGAGUUGGGAUGCAGCCAUGCAUGUGUGUCGGUUCUUGACAAUUUUGUGUACAUAGUGGGUGGCCAGCAUUUACAGUAUCGCAGUGGAGAGGGUGCAGUUGAUGUCUGCUUCCGCUACGACCCCCAUCUGAACCAGUGGCUUCGAAUCCAACCCAUGCAGGAAAGCCGCAUUCAGUUUCAGCUCAAUGUACUGCAUGGACAACUUUACGCUACUGGGGGACGCAACAGGUCUGGCAGCUUGUCCUCAGUAGAGUGUUACUGUCCAAGGAAAAAUGAAUGGACUUAUGUAGAUUCCCUGAAGAGGAGAAUCUGGGGUCACGCCGGAGCAACUUGCAAAGAGAAGCUCUACGUCUCUGGAGGUUACGGGGUGUCUAUAGAAGAUAAGAAAACUCUCCAUUGCGAUCCAGCCUUGGAUCAGUGGGACUUCAAAUGUCCCAUGAACGAGCCAAGAGUCCUGCAUGCUAUGAUCAGGGUAAACAACCGUAUUUAUGCACUCGGUGGCAGGAUGGACCAUGUUGACCGUUGCUUUGAUGUUCUAGCUGUAGAGUAUUAUGUUCCUGAGACUGAUCAAUGGACAACAGUCAGUCCUAUGCGUGCUGGUCAGUCGGAGUCUGGCUGCUGCCUGCUGGAUAAAAAGAUCUAUAUAAUUGGAGGAUACAACUGGCACCUCAAUAAUGUCACAAGUAUUGUGCAAGUUUAUAACACAGACACAGAUGAGUGGGAAAGAGAUCUCCAUUUUCUAGAAUCUUUUGCAGGAAUAGCUUGUUCACCUAUCAUACUUCCCCAGACAACUACCCAGGGCUAGGCACAUAAUUUGCUGAUUUAGGCUUAAGGAUUAGUGUCCCCCCGACCGCAGUAAAAGUAAUGGUAUAAAUGGCUUUCUCUCAUUGAAAAGGGACUGUUAUGUCUUCAGUUUUGAAGCAUUCAUGAUUGAAGGCCUGUACACAUCAGUGUGAGGGAAAAUGAAAGCAAACUCUCUACUGAGCUUUUGGAGAAUGUGAAGCAUCUUUCUGCACACUUCUAAAGCAGUAAUAUUGUCUUUGGCCCUUCAUGUAGAUUGCCUUGUUUCAUACUAAUGAGAGUUUCGGUGCGAUUACCACUGAUGAGCAGCAGCACUGGGGCAAUGUCAACGCAUAUUCUUCUUUGAGAAUAUCUUAAAUGUAUUCACAAUACAUCCUAAACUUCCACAAGUAUUUUGCAAGUUUAUAAUACAGAUACUGAUGAAUGUGAAGGAGAUCUCCAUUUUCCAGAAUCUUUUGCAGAAAUAGCUUGUAUCAUACUUCCACAAGAAAUCACCCAAUUCAACACACUUGCUGUUUUUGGCUUAGGUUUUUGCGAAUGUGAGGCAUCUUUCUACACACUUCUCAAGCAGAAAUGAUGUCUUUGGCCCUUCCUGUAGAUUGUCCCGUUUCAUAGUAAUAAGGGUUUCAUACAAGUGCCUGUGGGAUUUGCAUUGAUGACAGACUUGAAUGGGCCAGCAACACUGGGGCAACAUGACUUCAUGAAGGAUUUAUUGUUCUGUUCUCACUGGUGUGUCUAAAUGACACGAAAACAAAAACUAUUCACAAGCGAUGUUUUUUUUUAGAACUAAACUUCAUCAAAAUUUUGGAUAGCUGACUGAAUUGGUUGAAAAAAAAAUGUGUCUCUGGAAUAGUAUUGGCAGAGCUUUGAAUUAUGAUAUUUUUAUGUUGGCCCACUAGCUACAAUUUGGACAACAUUGUCCUCUUUGCCAGCACUUCCUGAAGAGGGUCUAGGUUGAAAAUAUUGAACCUGUUUUCCUAAUUGGCAUGUUGAAACCGUGAAGCUGACUCUGGCUCUUAUAGAUUAAUAUAAAAUCUUGCACUUUUCAUGGGAAUCCAUUUUGUUUUUUGAUAAUUUGUACAAAACAACAUACACCACCUGCCACUUAGCAGUGGAGGUAUUUUUUUUUAAAUAUAUUUUUUUUUAAAUUGUAAAGACAUUAAUCUCAUUGCUGUAGCUAUUGCAUAUACAGUUGUAUUUAACAGUGUUUUUAACCUACAUAUAGUUAUAAUUUUUUUUUUCAAACUAAGCAAGCACAUUUCGUAUGCACUUUAAUAUAUAAAAACAUGGUGAAUCUGUGAUUUAAUAACUAAACCAAUAACAGAUGCAUUGUGUUCUCUGUCUGAACUUCUACUUUACACUGUAUAAUACAGCAUGGGAGGUACUGGA